GUGACCUUGCUAUACAACCGCUUGCAAGCAAUUUGCAGACGAUAGCAAAGUAACCUGAGUUAAUUUCUACCUUUGUUCAUUUCUAGUCGUUCUAAAGUGUUCUCUAAUUAUUGAGCACGUAACAUACAUCUAUUAUGGGGAGUACGGAUAACGCAACAAAGAAUAUGUUAAACGAUAACCAGGAUUUCGUUGAUGAAUAUGGAGCAAAUCUGAAGAUUCUGCCGUGUAACAACCAAGUGAAAGAAUUACAAACCAUCUUAAGAGACAAGAAUACCACAAGGAGUGAUUUCAAGUUCUAUGCUGAUCGCCUAAUCAGGCUAGUUAUUGAGGAGAGUUUGAACCAACUACCAUUUUCAAAAUGUGUGGUAACAACUCCAACAGGUGCUCAAUACAAAGGUUUAAAAUAUCAAAAAGGAAACUGUGGUGUGUCCAUAGUAAGGAGCGGAGAAGCUAUGGAACAGGGUCUUAGAGAUUGCUGUCGUAGUAUCAGAAUUGGUAAGAUCUUAGUUGAAAGUAAUGCAGAUACACAUGAAGCUAGAGUAGUUUAUGCUAAAUUUCCUGAUGAUAUAUCCGAGAGGAAAGUUUUGUUAAUGUAUCCAAUAAUGAGUACCGGAAACACUGUCAUCAAAGCUAUAGCUGUAUUAAAAGAACAUAAUGUGCUGGAAGAAAAUAUUAUUUUGUCAAAUUUGUUCUGUACACCAAUUGCAGCAAAAUCUCUAGUCACUGCCUUUCCUAAGAUGAAAAUUUUAACGUCAGAAAUCCAUACUGUUGCACCAAAUCAUUUUGGACAAAAAUACUUUGAUCUGACUUGUCGUUUCGUUAGUCAACUAUUCGUUAUAUUAAUGUAUAUAAUUUUCCAACGUAUAAAUUCCAUAUAACGAAAUCGAUGGCAUUAAUGAAUUUCGUGUAACGAAGUAUAAUAUUGUCGAAUAUUUAACAAAACAUGCAUAAUAAUUGGGCAUUUUACAGGUGCGUACAGUUAAUAAUGAUAUUUAUAUAUUUUUUGUAGUAUAUGUAUUUUACAGGCAUAAUUGAUAUAAGGAAUUACUAUCUAUAUAAUCAUAAUACAAAGUGUAAUCUGUUAGAACGUAUUACAACGUAUACAAUAUUUAUAAUAUACAAUUUAUAAUUAUUUAAUAAUUGAUACAUAAAUUAUAUUUAUGAAUGAUUUGACAAAUUUUUGAAAAACACUACAUAUAUAUGUAACGAAAUGAAAAAGGCCACACAAGAUCCUUAUAUCAAUAUUUUUUAAGAUUUUUUAAGCCAAUUUCGAUUCAUUCUUUAUUGUUGCAUUUAAUACAUAAUUUUUAAUGGAAUAUACUUGUAUACAUCAACAUAUUUAUAUUUACUUAAAUACAUAUUCUUCUUAGCACACACUUUUAUUUAGAAUGGUACAAAUGUUACAGUAACUUUACGUUUACAAAAUAUAAUGCGUUUUAUUUAGAAUUUUAGCAGUAUAACGCACCGUCUAAUUUAUUUAUUUACUGAACAAGUAUUUGUCAUAUACAAAUAUUCUGAAGAUGAGAGGAGUAUUUCUAACUAUUAAUGUCAGUUAAGAACGAAGAAUGGAAUACUUACAAAUGGGACUGUAUAUAUUGCAAAUAUAACUAUUUUAUGUAUUGAAUACAUGCAGUCUACGAAGUCAAACUAUUAUAGCUAUAAACUAUAUAAUAUAGCUAAUGUCUAAUAACCAAAAGCUGAAAAAAGUGUCAUAUAAAACUUUAUGCAUAAAUAUAUUUGAUAUCUUUAUCAGCAGAACACUACGUUUAUGCAGCUUUUACAUGUUCGUUUAACCUAUCGUCAAAAAAAUUUUAGUCUUUAUAUUUGAAAUUAAAGAAAAUAUGUUUAACUAUAGCUAUGUGAAAUCAGUUUAUGAAAAAUCUAGAUUGCCUGUGGCAUUCUUAUAUUGAACUAUUUGCCUUAUAACGUGCCUAUGAAAAAGCUGCAUUCAAUAGUUACAGUAAUAUUGCAGUAAGACCAAUAAUUUAUGUGAUGUAAAUUCUCUUGUUAUUAAAUGAAAUGUUUAUAUACAUACUAUUAUUUAAA